AUGAAUGGUCACUCUCAGAGCAAAGUGCCUCCAGCUGGCAUCUGGGCACCUGCUGUAACAUUCUUCGACCACCAGACAGACGAACUGGAUAUUGAAUCACAAAAGAAAUACUAUGCGUAUCUCUCAAAAUAUCUUACCGGGCUGGUCAUCCUUGGAACCAAUGCCGAGACAUUCAUGCUUACCAGAGACGAGCGUGCGACACUUCUGAAGACCGCAAGAGAAGCUGUUGGCCCAGACUACCCUAUUAUGGCCGGAGUUGGCGGUCACAGCACGAAGCAAGUGCUCGAAUUCAUCGGCGAUGCAGCGGCUGCGAAAGCAGACUAUGUCCUUGUCUUGCCUUGUGCAUACUUCGGCAAGCAGACAACUGCUAAAGUGAUCACGAACUUCUACGAUGAAAUUGCUCAGAAGAGCCCUCUUCCAAUUGUCAUCUAUAAUUUCCCUGGAGUCUGCAACGGAAUCGAUAUCGACUCCGACGUUAUGACUGAUCUUGCGGACCGACAUUCCAACAUCGUAGGAACGAAACUCACCUGUGCCUCAGUCGGCAAGAUCACACGUCUGGCAGCAACGUUUCCAGAGACACGGUUCGCUACUUAUGGAGGACAAUCCGAUUUCUUGCUGGGAGGUCUUGCAGUUGGCUCAGCAGGUUGCAUAGCAGCAUUUGCAAAUAUCUUCCCGCGAACUUUACGCCAUAUCUACGACCUUUACAAGUCUGGCAAGACCGAUGAGGCUUUGAAGUUACACAGGAUCGCGGCUAUCGCUGAGAGUUUCAGCAAAGCCGGCAUUGCGAAUACCAAGUAUGCCGCUAGCUUGACGAGCGCCCAGUAUGCCGGCAUUGAGGGUGCUACCGAGAAGCUGAGGCCCAGGAGGCCUUAUGAGGAGCCAUCGGAGGCUGUGAAGAAGGAUAUUCAGAGUAAGAUUGUGGAAAUGGUCAAGAUUGAGGAGUCGCUGUAG